GUGUGGUAUGUAUCUGAAAGAGUGCAUUUAAGAGGGAGAGGAGAAAGCAGAAGCAAGCUGGUCUGACCAGAAACAGAACUGCCUGUGACAGAUUAAGAGACAAGCAAGGCUUGGAAUCUGAGAGCAAGCAAAGAGAGUGGAAAUUUACAGCUGCCCUGUGCGAGUGUUCAAGUGAUCAUUUUCUGCUAACGUUUUCCGGUGGUAACUGUUACUCUUCAAAGAGAGAGAGAAAGUCAAGACGGGAUUGUGGAAACUCCUCUCUGCAGCACUUUUGGUAACAGGAGGCACCCUCUGUUAAAUGGAAGAUAAAGCUACUUCAUGUAAAGUGCUUUGAGCCCAAGAGAGAGCUGUCUUCAGCACCUUACCAUGUGUCUACUUUUUGUUGCUUAAACAAGCCUGGACAUUUCUAUGACAUUCGCAUUCUGUAUCGGAAGAAGAGAUUUCUAUAGAUGAAAAAAAUGCCUUUGUUUAGUAAAUCACACAAAAAUCCAGCAGAAAUUGUGAAAGGUCUAAAAGACAACUUGGCCAUUUUGGAAAAGCAAGACAAAAAAACCGACAAGGCUUCAGAGGAAGUGUCGAAAUCACUGCAAGCAAUGAAAGAGAUUCUGUGCGGCACAAAUGACAAGGAGCCCCCCACAGAAGCUGUGGCCCAGCUUGCACAAGAGCUCUAUAAUAGUGGGCUGCUGGUGACCCUGAUUGCUGACCUUCAGCUCAUAGACUUCGAGGGAAAAAAAGAUGUGACCCAGAUAUUUAACAACAUCCUGAGAAGACAGAUAGGUACUCGGAGUCCUACUGUGGAGUACAUUAGUGCUCAUCCUCAUAUUCUGUUUAUGCUCCUCAAAGGAUAUGAAGCCCCACAGAUCGCCUUACGUUGUGGGAUUAUGCUGAGAGAAUGUAUUCGACACGAACCACUUGCCAAAACCAUCCUCUUUUCUAAUCAGUUCCGAGACUUCUUUAAGUAUGUGGAGUUGUCAACAUUUGAUAUUGCUUCAGAUGCCUUUGCUACUUUUAAGGACUUACUAACCAGACAUAAAGUGUUGGUCGCAGACUUCUUAGAACAAAAUUAUGACACUAUUUUUGAAGACUAUGAGAAAUUGCUUCAGUCUGAGAAUUAUGUGACUAAGAGACAAUCUUUAAAGCUGCUAGGUGAACUGAUCCUGGACCGACACAACUUUGCCAUUAUGACAAAGUACAUCAGCAAGCCAGAGAACCUCAAACUGAUGAUGAACCUCCUUCGGGAUAAAAGUCCCAACAUUCAGUUUGAAGCUUUCCAUGUCUUUAAGGUGUUUGUGGCCAGUCCUCACAAAACGCAGCCUAUUGUGGAGAUUCUACUAAAAAAUCAACCCAAACUCAUUGAGUUUCUGAGCAGCUUCCAAAAGGAAAGGACGGACGAUGAGCAGUUCAGCGAUGAGAAGAACUACCUGAUCAAGCAGAUCCGGGACUUGAAGAAAGCCACCCCCUGACGGUCUCAGCCACCCUCCCACCACAGUCACCGUCUCAUUUGUUCAGUUUGUACAGAAAGUGUCAUUUCAGAAAGUCAUUGUCCUUGGGAAGGCUUUGGAGGAGGUGCCCGGUUUUUCUCAAUUCAUUGUUCAGGGUAGACGGAAUAUAAACAUUUGAAUGAAAAAUGAUUAACCUAGAAUAAUGCAUUCAUUUGAAUCAAGUCUGUGAUGAUUUAUGUGAAAUCAGAGCCACUGUACUAGACAUGGAUAAAAACAGUUUUAACCCUUGGUUGACCAAAGGCAGCAGGGCUGUGGGCUUGCAGACCCAAGCCCUGGGUCACCACAGGCCCCCUAAGCAGAAGCCCAAAUGACAGGCGUCCCUGAGCCCUCAAGGUUAAGUUCUCCGAGGAGAACUGGGGGUCGGGGCGAGAGGUGCAAAACCAUUCCAUCUAUCUGCACCUGGACAUAACGGAUUUCUCACGGCGCUGAAAGCUCUGGCAAAACAAGGCCCAUGUUUUCAGUCGUCACACGUCCUUGUUCCCGGCCCGCCUGUUUUGACCGUAACUAAGUUCCUAGGGAAGCACAACCCUCUCUCCAUGCACCGUCCCGCGCUCCAUCCCAGCGGCUCUCCUCCGCACCCCACUCCUGGCGCACCCCCUGCGGCCCGGGUAGCUGGGAACGGCUUGGCCAAAGUAGGACAGGUCAGCAGGGGUCACGGGGACAGAGGGGACCCACGGGUAUGACCUGCUCACUUGAGAACUUGGAACAGAUGGUGAAGGACCACAGCUCUAGCAGUAAACACCGGUGUUUCGCUCUGACUCCUGAAGCGUCAGGGAAUGAUUGGAAUAUUUCAUUCCUGUCAUCAUGGGAAAAUUCUUUUGUGGUGAAAGUGUGUUUUAGGUUAGGAAUCAUUGCAUUGGGAUGCCUCGUGUGUACAAAAUCGUGGGUCCAGAGGGUUAGCCCACUUUUAUAAAUAAGGGAACAUUGCCAUUGGAAGGGCAAAUGAUUAAAUGUGUGAAAAACUUCUCAAAGGACUCGAAGUUAUCUUUUCAGUUUAUUUUCUAAUUAGCUGCCACUCUAACGUCCCAUCAAAGCUUUCAGCGAAAAGGUAGAAAAGCUACAAAAAUGUGGUCUCAAGUAUUCUUUUGCAUUAAGGACUUAAUUGUGUUCUUUAAAAAAAGGCAUGAACCAAAAACAACAAAAAAGGUUAUGGUUUGUUCUCAGACAUCAAAUGUAUAAAAUGAAAUUUUAAAGUUAUAUUUAUAAGCCAUUAAGGGUGUAACGAUUAAUCUGUAUUUUUUCAGAAUUCUGUUUCCAAAUCGUGAGUUGUGGCCUCUGUAAGGACCCUCACUUUAUACAGUAUUGUGUGCUGUGUUCUUCAACCAGGUAUUUCUCCACCAGAGAGGGAAGGAUGCCUCUCCAGGGGUCCUUCUCCAGGAUCAGUCCCUCUGUAGAUUUUGUAUCUGAAGAAUUAGCUGACAGGCCUUCACCCCUCUCGGCAGGGGCCCAGCGUGGACUCCUGAGGCGGAUGGAGUGGGCCCUGUGGGACCCCUUAUAGCAGUUCUGGCCAAUGCCAGUGUGGAGGGUCAGCCCACAGCCCACUGAUGACCUUCAUUCUUUACUCACUGAAGUCAGAUUAUUUUUAAUAAUGUUUCCUGACAGCCCAGAGUCUCUUAGAAUUUGGCUUUUCUGGUUUUGCUUAUUUGACUAGAAGAGAAGACUGUAAAUAUUUAAAGAGAGAGAGAAAAGGCUCAGUAACCAUUGGACGUUUAUUUGGUUGCUAACACUGUUCCACAACAUCCUAGGACACAUGUUUCCAUUUGGAAAGCAAGGCCUUGUUGUAAUUCUUUUUUGAUAAAUAAAGCAUUUUAUUUCCUCUGGG